GAAAAAACAGGUGUCAGAGUUUGCAAUCAUUAAUGAGGCCACUGAGGUCGUGAGCUGAGACAUAUAGGAGCGUGUAGGGACAGGUAACGAUGGGGCGCCACGUGUAUGCAGUUUGUUUUCAUGCACCGAUUUCACCCUCACUCUGUGCGCGUAGGACUGCGAGUCAAGAGUUUUUGUGUCUGAAAACCCUGUGUAUCCUUCUCUCCGCAGCACAUGGUUGCCAUCUUGAUGGCGCAACUCCGUCCGAGACCUGGGUAAAGUCUGUGGUAUCUCUGAUGCUUUGACCGCAGAGCUUUUCUGCCCCCCCCCACCCCUCUCUCUCUCUCUCUCUCUCUCUCUCUCUUUCUCUCUUUCUCUCUUUCUCUUUCUCUCUCUCUCUUUCUCUGAGACCUCAAAUGAGCUUCAUCGUUACGUCUCGGUCACGUGUCUCUCCUCAGUAAAGGCUUCGCCUCUCUGCGGCUCCUCAGCGCAGCCGGCAGCGAUGUUGAGACUGAGAUGUAAGAUGCAACUGAGAGGGGCCCGCUCGUAGAAAGAGAGAGACAGAGAGGGAGGGGGAGAGACAGACAGACAGAGAGAGAGAGAGAGAGAGAGAGAGAGAGAGAGAGAGAGAGAGAGCAAAGUUAUGGCACGGUCAUCCUCGGAGGAAAAGGUCCCGCAGCAAUUCCUCUCUGCCAAAAAGUCGCUCAGUGGUAACGCGCACGCCUUUCUGGGACGCUCAACACCGGAGCGAGAAAACCCCAAAUUACGCAUCAAAUUAAACUAAUUGAAGUCGGGGCUAAAGCGCGUCGAGGACAGAGGGAGAGUUCAGAUGGCACCCAGAUGACAUCUUCUUGACAUUCACCGCUAAAGUGUCGAUGUGCCUGAACGACCUCUUUUUCUCGCCUUUCCCCCAGCAGCGUUGAAGUUGAGUCAAGGGGCACAAUGCAACAGGCCUGUGAAGAGAAGAUAACAACUGGCUCACAGCUACACACGGUGUAAAGCUAAUCUUGAUGCAGCCAUAGUUCCAAGUGCCCUUCGACUGACCUGAGGAUGACACUCAGAGAAUAGGACUUCUGACUUAAAUCUUCACCUCUGGAGUCUUCAGGCAUAUUACCAAAACAGCAGAACAGUGAAACCAAGGCAAUCAUGAACCUGUUCAGGAAGGAUGCCAUUAGCACAAAGAAGGAGAAGGAGAAAGAGAUCCAGUAUGAGGACCCUCCAGAUGGAGGCUGGGGCUGGAUGGUGGUGCUGCAUUGCUUCCUGGUAAAUGUCCUAGUGAUGGGAACACUGAAGAGCUUUGGGAUCUUCUUUGUGGCCUUUCAAGAUGAGUUUGGAGGCUCAGCAGAGAGCAUCAGCUGGAUCGGUUCUAUCAUGUCGAGUCUGCGCCUGUCUGGAGCACCCAUCGCGUCUGUGGCCUGUGCCAAGGUAGGAACCAGGGUGACCUCCAUCGCCGGGGCAGUGCUGGUUAGUGGAGGCUUCCUCAUGAGUAUUUUCGCCAACAGCGUGGUGUUUCUCUACAUCAGCAUGGGGGUCAUAGUUGGAAUGGGUUUUGCACUACUAUACCAAUCCUUCUCAGUGGUCACAGCCCUGUACUUUCGAAAGAGGUUAGCAACAGCGUAUGCGAUUGGGCGUUCUGGGAUGGGUUUGACCUUUGCCCUUGCCCCGUUCACUCAGCUGCUCCUGGACCAAUAUGCUUGGCAAGGGGCGAUGUUGAUUCUUGGCGGUCUCAUGCUGAACCUGGUGGCCUCUGGGAUGCUUCUACGACCCAUCAACGUGAGGCCUCCUGGCUCAAACGCUACCUCUUCUCCCAUCCAAAAGAGCCCUGCUGUUUCCCUCAAGAGCUCCUCAGAGAAGGAAUACACUAAGAGCUGCUUGAAUGGCUCCUCUCACUUAUCCAAUGGCAUCUCCAAAUCAGACUCCUUCCCAUCCCCUCCUCCUCCUCACAGGGACACUGAGAACCCAGAGGGGCAAUGCACUCAGGGAGCCCAGGACCAGUCGCUGAACCCUGAACUGACCAGACUGGUCCUCAAUGGUGUGAAUGGCCAUGAGCCUCACCAUGACUCGGGUCAGUGUAAACCCACAGCUCCAGACAACUCAGCGGAGCUCAAUGGCAGCACGAAUGGGUCCACCAUUGUUGGAUUUCCCUCACAUGCCAGCAUACCCAGUGAGGUGACUGUCAGAAAAGCCAAAGUACUGGAUUUUUCCCUGCUAAAGGACCCAUUCUUUUGCAUCUACACUUGGUCCCUGGUCUUCAGCCAGCUGGCCUACUUCAUCCCCUAUUUCCACCUGUCUGCACGAGCCAGAACCCUGGGCAUUGAUGCCAUGGAUGCUUCGUUUAUAAUCUCUGUGGCAGGUAUCACAGAGACCAUCGCCCAGCUGGCCUCGGGCUGGGUGACAGACAGGAACCUGUUUCAUAAAUACCACUACCACAAAGCUUACCUGAUCCUCUGUGGCCUGGUCAACCUGCUCUCUCCACUGGCAACCUCCUACAUCCUGCUGAUGGUCUACGCUGUCUUCUUUGCCAUCUUCUGCGGUGGCUACAUGGCUCUGCUGCUGCCUGUUCUUGUAGAUCUCGUGGGGUCAGAGAAACUCAACAACUCCAUGGGCUUCUCCAUGUUCUUUGUCGGUCUGGGCUGCCUCACAGGGCCUCCUUUGGCAGGGUUCCUGUACGACUACACUCAGACUUAUGACUGUUCUUUCUACCUGGCUGGGCUCUGCUAUCUGCUCUCCUCCCUCUCCCUGUUCAUGGAGCCGUUGGCUCAGCGCUGGAAGGCCAGGAAGAAACGGGCUCAGGCCAAGAGAGCAGAAAGCAGCUGUAAGACCAACGGCUGUUUCACCCCCGACCGCCUGCAGAACGGCGCUGUGUAGGAAUGAAACCCAGGGAAGGCCUUCGAUCUUGAACCAGCAUGCUCAUGACUUGCCUUGGGCCUGCAUACCUUGGACCUUGGACUCCAGCUUAAAGUCAGGACCUACGUGACCCUUAAUUCCUGCAGGAGCGUAACAUUGGCCCAGGGAGAAGAACAAUAUGACCACAGUAACAUGAUGUCUAAGAACAUACAGUAGUGGGGUCGUUGGUGAAUAGAUGAUUUAAAAAAAAAAAAAAAGCCAAAAUUUUAGUGUUCUGCAAAAUAUUUUAUCCCCUAUUCUUGCUCUUAUCAGAUGUACCAUGCAUUAAAACUGAAGACAAUCCCCUACAUGCCACACCCAGCACAUUUUAAUAUUAGCAGCUUUGCAACAUAACUUAUUGAAAAUUCCAUUUUCCAGUGCAACAACAACAAAAAAAAAAAACACUCAGCUUUGCAGUAACAUCUCAUUGCUGGAAUCUGAGCUAUGCAGUUGAGCUACAAGUCCUGUCUUCAGCUGUUUUUUCUGUGAUGACAUUAACAGAAGCACAUAUCCACAAAGGAAUACUUUUCACCUGAUUUCCUUGGAAGCCUUUACCUGUAUCUGUAAACCUGAACUCACUGAUAUGCACUUUGGGCCAAGUUCUGAUUAUGCUGCAUGACAUUUCUUCUGACCUUUAACUGCCAGAUAGUUCAGCUACUGAGCAAACACAUAAACUGCAGCCUGCCUCUAUGACACAACGUGUAAGUUUCUUUACAGAGCCAAAACGCAGUGACUGCUUCAGUAGUUUGACAGAUUUUUUUUAUGUAUUUCUUGCCCCAUUUAGAUUAUUAUAGGCACAUGGGGUAGAUUGUAUGGCAUGUGCUAGCAUUUAGAGGUAUAACCAGUGUGCUCCUUCUCAGUGUUGCACACUCAUAUUCUUGUAUUUAUGCCUUUAUUAUUAAUGUUCUACACACUUUUUUGUCUGUCAGCCACUUCAACUUACUUUUACAUAGACACCAGUCAGUCUUUAAAGUUUCUGGUCAGAUUUUUGGUCAUGUUUUCACUUAACUUUUUUUCCCCCAUCAAAAUUACUGGACAAACCACUGCUUACUCUCUUUCACCUAAAUACUAACCUUUGUACAGUGGUUAAGCUUUUUCAUACCUCUUCCAGAAGUUGAAGUUUUAUGCUUUUAGAGAUUUUUAGAAAUAAUAAUGGCUGGUAACACUGACCUCUGCCAAUGGAGCAUUCAAGGGAAGCGGGAACAUUAACUUACCCAUUGAUUUCUUUCACAUAAAAUAACCCUUUUCAAGCUUUCAGACCUUUCAUCUCUCACCCCUGAACUGAUACUUCACUUCAGCUGCUAACAGUGCACUCACUUGAACUGUCUCCUGCACGUUCACUUUAGCUGAAAUUUCAGCUGCUUAAAUUUCAGACAGUUUAAUUUCUUUCAGCAGUAAACACAUCGACUGACAUUCCAGCUGCUUUCAUCGCUAACUCUUCAAGUGACAUUUAAAGUAAACUAACACUUCAGCUGAUGUUUACUCUUCAACUGCUCACCUAUUUAAACUCAUGUUCAAUUGCUGCCGCUGGUCACAUAGCAACAGACACUUCUCACAACUUGUGCACUCACUUCAGCUAUCUUAAGCUUUCAUUUAUUUAACACUGAAAAUGACGGUUCACCUGCUUUCAUUUCUUACUCUAUGGUUGCUUUCAGCUUUUUCUCUUUAGCGGAUACAUACAAACUGAAAACACUGUUGCCUACACUGAACAAACUUGAAAAUGAAUUUUUCCAUUUUUACACAUCAACUAACACCUCAGCUCCUUUCAGUGCUUCAUCUUCAAAUGCCUCUCCUUUAAUCACAUUUUAAUGCAUUUUAACCUGUCCGAACACACUUGAUUUUCUUCAGUUGUGACCUUUUUAAAAACUGCAACUAGAAACUGCCGAUCUCGGUCUGCGGGUCAAUGAUAAUAUUACACAUUUGAAUAGCUCAGUGGCAUUAUCUUUUACUUUGCAACACCUGUUGAUAAGAAAACGUUCACGCCUAGCUCAUCACUUGUGAGCUGUUCUAUGCAAGUGCACACAGAAAAUUUUUCUCCCUUUUGACAGCUCGCUUCCGCGCACAAUCGUUUUAACUGUAGCAAAGAUACCAGCUCCUGAAAGAGGAAACCUGUUUGGUCGAGAUUUAAGUGUUUUGAUGUUUCCUGAAUAUUUUGAUCACAGUUGGGCAGAGGGGCGAUGGAGCUGAUUAGCUCCACUGAACAGCAGGGUUUUCUGUGUGAUUGUGUGUGAUUAAGUGUCAUUUUAUCAAUCUUGUAUAUCAGUUAAUCUCUGACCAACUGUGUUACAAAGAUGUGUUUCCUUAUGUUGCCCAUAUAAACGGACGGUGCCCUAAACUGACUGUUGCCAGCCUUUACAGUGCCUGCAGGCAGCCAAUUAAUGGCAAUGCAACGUAUAAUUUUAUUGUGUUUAUACAUGGGAGUCUAUUGGUUGUUGAAUCUUUUUUUUUUUUUUUUACAUAGUCGAGGUUUUUGUGUUUUCAGUGGAUUCCUUGUUUUUCACCACUGCUUGCCUUACAAGGUACUGUAUUGUAUCUUUACUAACUUCCUGUGAUGUCAGCCAAAGACACAUUAGAAACCUACCUACAACUUGAAGCUUGUUAUUAGUCAAAUAUAGAUUGGACAGUGUAUAUAAUUUAAACCACUAUGACCAUCCAUGAUUCAGUUAUUUUUAAGUCUUGAUUGAGGACGGCCUGGAAUCCAGAGAUGGGCAUGUGUUUUGUUACGCUGCCCUCUUGUGGUAGAGGGAAGCAUCUACUCAAAGAAUGCUGCCUCAAUUAGUACCAAAUUAUUCCCCCUCAACUCACUUUCACAAUACUGAGCAAGGCUCUUUGUAUUGUUUCAAUAACGACAGUCAUGCACAAAAGCUCUUUUGGCUCACGAGUUGCAUUCACCACCAGUAUGCUUUUGUGAUUUAGGGCUGCUGAAUAUUUUGUACCAUGAUAAAUCUGUUAUGAAAAGUAUUUGAUGCUUUAAAAGUAGUAGUUUUUGUUUGGAAUUAUUUUACCUGUUAGUUAUCUGGAUCUUUUAAGGAACUGUAUGUUUGAGCAAUAUCUUGAAAUACUUUUUAUGUCUCUUUGGUAAUGCCUCAAACACCACUGAUAAGGAACUGAGUUCUGUUCUGUUGGCGUUUGAUCUUAUGUUCUUGUUGCAGCAAAAGCAUUUAUGGGAGAAGCACUGUUUUGUCACUACUCUCACUCUUGGAUUUGUUAACUGAUCAAGUUUAGAAAAUAUGCUUAACCAAUCAUAGAUAUCCUGUUUCAAGCCCUUAGAGUUCAUUUUUAAGCCUUGUAACAGUGCACACUCAGCUGUAAUAAACUGACGUGUGACUCA